CCCAGAUGACAACCUCAGUGGCCAAGUAGCAUGCAACCCCUUCCUUCUCCUCUAACCCCUUAAACCCAAACCUCCCCCUUUCUCCCUUCUCUAAUCUCCUUCACUUCUUCUCAUACCCAACUGCAACUCACUCAAUCACUUUGAUCUUAUUUUGCCAUGGAGGGUCAUGAAGAAUCUGCGACGAGUCGGAAUAAGAACAACAACGACAAGCCGUACAAGGGGAUAAGGAUGAGGAAGUGGGGCAAGUGGGUGGCCGAGAUUCGCGAGCCCAACAAGCGCUCCCGGAUUUGGCUCGGCUCCUACUCCACCCCCGUCGCCGCCGCCCGCGCCUACGACACCGCCGUCUUCUACCUCCGCGGGCCCUCCGCCAGGCUCAAUUUUCCCGAGGCCUUGCCGGUCGGCGGCUGCGGCUGCGACGGCGACAUGUCUGCGGCGUCUAUACGGAAGAAGGCCACCGAGGUCGGCGCCAGAGUCGACGCGGUCGAGACUGCCAUGCGCGGCGGCGGCGGCGGUGUGCAACAACAUCAUCACAGGGCCGCUGGGGCAGCAGCGGGGCAGGUGAAGGAAGAGCGCGGCAGGUCGGUGGAUCGGGUCGACUUGAAUAAGAUGCCCGACCCGGAGGAAAUCCUCUGCUAAUUUGGGUGGUGGUGGGGCUGCUGACGUGGGCAGAGUGAGGGGGUAUGUGAUGGCGGAAAAAUAAAUUUGCCGACCACACGUCCACCCUUAUAAACAAAUGUGACAGCUGAAGCAAUGAUGAAGCUUUCGACCUGGUAUCCUGGGGAUUCACAUUUUUUUAGUCAGUCUAGUGCUUACUACAGUGUCUUUUUUUUUGGUUAAUUUUUUUCUCUCUUUUUCUUUUUUCGCGUUUUAAUGUGAAUUUUUGGUAACAAAAUAUGAAAUGUAAAUUAUGGCAGGAACAGACUUAUUUCUAUUUUCAGCAUUUGAAUUGUUGCUG